AUGAGCGAUCAAAAAGAGCCCGAGCCACAGAAUAAAAGUGUGAAUGUGGAGGAUUUAGGGCAAAAACCAGGUAAAAUCCAUGUUUUUAGCCAAAAUCUAUACAAUUACUUUUUCUGUGUUUUAGAGCGCCGAAGCUUUCGAAUCAAGGCUCGCAGCAGUUCUGACGUGCGGAACGAAAACAGAAACGCGGAGGACGACGCGGAAAGUGUAGAAAUUGACAAUUAUAUAGCAAAUGUUGGUUUCUUAGAUUUUGGGUGUAAAAACGUUAAACUCGAUAUAAAUAGCCGAAAAUAGCGACGAACUGAUCAAAUAGUCGCCGUUUUCUCGAUUGUUCUCUGGUCAGCGCCGAAAAAGAGAGAACAAAAAGGCGAGAGAGGGCGCGGAGAAACUAGACGGUCAAAUUAAGACCGGAAUUUGAACGGAACUAUUGUCAUAUUAAAAAAGGGAAAAUUUCUAAUUUUUCGGUUAAAAAUUGACAGAACGACGAAAAUUCCUAUUUUAAGGGGGAAAAUUGCAAAAAAAGGGUGACCGCCUAUUUUGAUGACAAAUAAAAGAAAAAUAAUGACGUGUUGGCGGGACGGAUGACAAAUUUGUAUUGGAGCGUACUUACGACUACGAUUCGAGGCUGUAGGCUACAGUGGGACAACUGGUUUUGGAGGGGAUUUUGAAUUUCGCUCUAUGAAGGAGGGAUGCUUAAUUUUUGGUCCCAACAUGAAAUAUGCUCAAAGAGAUGCGAGGAAUCGAAUAGCGUUGAGCCAGAGUCGCUAGGAUUUUUUUGAACAAAUAAUUAAGAUGUUUAUUUUAGGAAUCAUCCUACAAUUCACCUCCACCUACUCCUCCUAAAUCGGCGAGUUUCCGGCCGUUGCGCACUUGUUCCAUCGACAAAUCAAUUCGCCCGAAACGAAAAAAUGCGUGUGAAAUUCCGGUAUUUUCUAAAAAUAUUCGUUUUUGGUUUAAAAAAAUUGCAGACAACUUAUGAGGAGCUGAAAAAGAAAACCGAGUCUGGGGAGAUUCCGGAGACGGUUUUCUACCGGGCCACCAGCAAUUCCAUGUACAUUCCCAGUAUUACGGCCGAAAUGAUCGAGGAUAACGGCACGUGAGUACUCGAUUUUUGCCCUUGUUCUUAUUUCUCAGCGACUAUUCAUUCAAAACAUUUUUGCAGAAACUUGACAGUGACCACCUCGUCACAAGACUAUUUCAAGUACGUCCGAGUGCGCCAACGCACCAAAUCCGACCACGCGACGCCCGAAAAAGUGAUCGCAAUCAUUGAGGCGGUCCGAAAAAAACCCAGUAAUUGUUUCGACACUGUAGAAAAGUACCUCGACGUUGCGCCGGAUCAACCCCAAAAGCACCGAUUUUUCUCGAUUUUUUCAGCAGCAAUCUGCUGUUUAACGAUUUCUUCAAUGUUCCGAAAUUUUGGCAUUUCGAUAUUAAUCUAAUCGUAGUCUACUCGAGUUGUACGACGGCCUAAUUAGAUUAACAUGACAUCUAAUUAGAUUAAUAAAUUAUUUUGCUAGUUUAAUAAAUCUUCUAGCUAGAUUAAUAAGUGAUCAAGUCAAUUUUCACGCCGAACCUUUGCUGGCUCAAUUCUCGAUUGCGCCAAGAAAAAACAGCCUAAUCUAAUUAGGUUGAGAUAAGAUUGUAACUUUCUAAUUAGAUUAAUAUUGAAUUGCCAGAGAACUUAUCAUGUUUCCGUGCUCUAAGGGAAUACGUUUUUCUGCUCCUUCACUCUCAUCUUAGCAUUUUUUGAAAAAGUUAGUUCGAUGCUCAAAACAUACUGUUAAAAUACUGUUAAAAUUUGUGAUUUUGUGGUUAAUACGGAACAACGUCAAGGUACAUUUCUUCAUUAUUCUAACUAGUAACAAGCACAAUGUUUUUUUUCAGUAAUCUGGGACCAGCGCCUUGCGUGUCACCACAACGUCGGUCUGACACGUCGUGCGUGGCAACAGCUGGACAACGAACUGGGCGUCGACGAGGAGUAUCCUUUGGCGAGACGCAAGCAGAUUUGGAAGAGCAAGAAGGACUACUUCUCGUUCGCAGUCACCUCCGCACACGAGACCAAGUGGACCUUCUCCGAGUAGGCACAGCGCUAGAAUUCUGGCCGGCCCGGGUUUUUCGAAUGCUUUUUGAGACCUGGACUUUUUGCAAUAUUCCGAUCGGGCCCAAACUUUGCUGGUUUUUUGGACUAGGAUCGAAGUAUGUUGGAUCCAAGUUUCAGACCCAUCCAAUCAUCCGGUCCCGAGAUAUGUGGAUCAGAGGCCGACAAGGCCGAAUUUACCUUAAACCAGUAUAUCUCGGGACCAGAUGAUCCGAUCGGUCUGAAACUCGGACCCAAUAUACUUCAACCCAAGUCCAAGAAGCCUGCAAAGUCUGGACCCGAUCCGAUAAUCGCAAGUAGGUCAAAAACAUUUUAGCGCAAUGGAAUUCUACCGUCCGAUGGUGAAGUUCCGCUCGAACGUCUGCCUCCGCCCGACAAUACCCACAUCAUCGACCGAAGACGAGAAUUUAUUCGAAAAAAUUGUUCUGCUCGACAAAAAGCUCAUUUGUGGCCCCGGCGAUAAGCUAAAUGUGAUGACGUUUGUGGAUUUUCUUAAAGCAUUUUUUGGACUCAUUAUUUUUCCCAGAUUUCUGCUCAAAUCGCUCUUCGAAGUCGGCACGGCAAACGGCGAAAUGAUGGCGGAGCACGGACUGAAAAUUGUGGAAAUUUUCCGGAAAAAUGCCAGAAAAAUUGAGAAAAAGUAUGGAAAUUCCAUAAUGGAACGUCAUAAUAAGGAUAAUAAUGUACAAAAGAAUGUUCAUUCCAGAAUUUGAGACACUUUUUAUGCGCAUGUUUGUGAAGAUUUUUAUAAAGUUUUAUAUAAUUACAGAGUUGGCCUAAAAAGUCUGGUGCGAAAGAGCGGAAAUUGGAAUUCAAGUUGAUUCUAAACGCGCAUCGCUUCGUGACCCAACGAGAAUUCCGGAAUUAUUUUCUCAGAAUACUCGAAUGUCUCUUGGGAAAUCAGAGAAUCGAAAACAAGCGCUUCAUUUCAUUGGAAUUCAUAAUACCAACAACACAUUGUUCUCAAUUUUCACGUACACCAGUUUUUCGCUUCCUUCAAACUACCGUCAUGUUUUUAAGGCGCCAAGCACGGCGGCUAACUCGCUUCAAAAUGAACCAGUGCCCAAAAAUGAUGGGUUUGCCCUCGAACCAGAACUCUUUCUGCCUGUUCUCUGUUCUUCGUGACGUUUUCGAAUCUCGUCACGAAAAUGGCAGUUUGAAGAGAGCAAAUAAAUGGUGUACAUGAAUUUUUAGAGAACAAAAACGAAAUUUGCCCAGUCUCCAUUUUUCUCAGCUCAGCUGAAACAGCCCUUGUCAUCCUGUGAAGCCUAAUCAGAUGAGUACAUAGAUUUUCGUGUCGAGACCCAACAAUCAAAAAUCAAGCGCGUGGGGGCAAACCAAACCCCUAAUUUUUGCUGUUGUUGUUCGCAAUACUAAACACAAAUUCAUACUUUACUAGUCCUUUUUUUUAAUUCCAAGUUGAACGACAUCAACCAGACCCGGCCCGUGUUGUUAGGGGGCUGAGCAAUUGGCCGGCCCUUGACCUGGACUUUUGAACCACAUGCAAUAUUCCGCUCGGACCCAAACUUUGCAGGCUUCUUGGACAUGGGUUGAAGCAUAUUGGGACCAAGUUUCAGCCCGAUCGGAUUAUUUGGUCCCGAGAAAUGUUGAUCAUUGGUCGAAAUUGGCCGGAAGCCCGGGCUUUUUGAAAAAAAUCGGCCAAUGAUCCACAUAUCUCGGGAUCAGACGAUCCGAUCGGGCUGAAACGUGGUCCCAAUGGCCCUCAAUCCAAGUCCAACAAUCCUGCAAAGUUUGGGUCCGAUCGGAAUAUUGCAAGUGGUUCAAAAGUCCAGGUCAAGGGCCGGCCAAUUAUUGCCCAGCCCGGGUUAUUAUGAACAACUGAAAGUGAUUUUUGAAACUUUUCGAGCUCAUAAUUUUUCAAAGUUUUUUGGUUGACUGAGCUUUUGUCGCGUUGCCUGCCAAAUUAUUGCUAUUAUUUUCGAAAACCCGUGGUUUGUGCUCAUGAUACUGAUGUUUGCGAGCAUUUUUUUGGUUGUGCUCGGCGAACUUCUUGAAUUUUGUAGCCUAACAACCUAGGGCCGGUUAGGACCGAUUGCCCUUAUAAUGUGAAAAGUUAGGCCACAAUCCAAUUUGUGGCCUAACUUUUCUAAAUGGCGGCCUUACUGGUGGCCUUAUUGGCCUGACUUUAUCAGUUAAACUUUCCAAAUCCGUUUCUCCGAGUUCAAACACUCAACAUUGUUCGCGAGCUCGUUAACAACCCCCUGGGACCGGACGACCUGUUUAUCACUUCUCUUUUUUCGCCAAAAAUGCGAGUAUUUUGAGAGUCAAGUUUUCUCAAAAACGGGCGGCGCUUACGGUCGCCCAACUUUCUCCUCUUCCAGCAAUGGCACAAAUGCAUCCGAUCGCCGAAAUGUUCGACAUGCUGAGCGGAAGAGACACGUUCAGGUAAGCGGAUACAGUAAUCGCGAAUACUGUAACUGUACCAUUUUUCUUCCAGAUACAAUUGCUCAUCAAAAACGCGCGCCGAAUGGUACGAGACUGGGGAAGUGCGUACUGCGUGGGCACUCUACUACCUCGUCUCGGGCAUCUUCUUCCAACUGAUCGCCUGGCCGAUUCUCUCGAUAUUCCACUUCAAGAUCCCGCCGACGGACGCGCAUUUUCGCGUCUUCAAACUGAUGGAAUUCAUUGGAUUGAUCGAGAGCACCGAAAUUUGGGGCGUCUCUCUGUUCCCCGGCUUUAUGGCGUUGAACGGCGGCGUCUAUUGUACGAACCCGCAAUUGACCACGUUUUUCGGCAAACUGACCAUGUGUGAGUUGAGAAGACGCGCGUAGAAGAAGCACGCAAAAUUCGGCGUCAUUUUCAGUCCAAUGGCUCACCGGAAGCGCUUCCUCGGUUUUUUUGGGCAUUCAUCGAAUGAUCGACGUGACCAGGAAGGGAGUUUGGCUCGUUGAUGUGAGUGAAAUCAGGGAACCCUUCGAGUUUAUGUAUCUGUCUGAAUUGGCUUCUUCACGGAACCCCAGCAUUCGAAUGCACAAGCGAGUUGUCAGUGGGGCGCGCUUGCAGGAGUUUCUUUUUUCAAUUGAAAACCAGAAUUCUUUGGUUUUUCUCUUAAUAAGCACUCAAAUUUUGUUCUUUCCGAACCGUAGGGCGAUUUUCUGAGUUAAAAGCAUCGAUUUAAGCGCGAAACGGAGCAGAUUCGUUCAGAAUUGACCAAAUUGAGGGAUUUUGUCGAAAAAUACUGAAAAAAACAGAGUUUUAACGAUUAUUUGCCGAAUCGAGUUCGGACACUGGCAUUCGAACCGUCUCCAGUCAACAAGGUGUUUAUUGCGCAUCUUUUAAGCGCUCAACCGUCGAAAAAUAUACAGAAUUGAGAUAAUUGAGGCAAAUUUUCGAUUCCAAAAGGAAAAAUUUCUGUAAUUUUCACAUAAAACGUUUCGAAAUUGAUAACGAAGCAGUUAAAAUUUUAUUUUUUAUUCAUUUCUAAUUAUUAUCAUAAGUUUUGACACUGAUUGGUUCUGAAAAGAUGGGGAUAAUGCAAAAAAAGGGGAAAAUUGAAAUGAAUGAGAAACUCUACAACGACGCUCCGGAAUUACGCGUUACGCGCCUUGUUUAGCGCACGCGAAUUGCGCCAAGGGAAUUUUUUUAUCAUAGUUGCCACGGGCCGGGCCGGGCCGAAAUUUCCAAAACUCCGGCCCGGCCCGGUCGGCCCGGUUCAAAAAGCGGGAAUUCAAAAUUUGAAUUAUUGAUCGCAUGAAGCCAUUUUUUGUAGAAUUAGGGGGUUUUUGCAAGCAUCGAACAUUGAAAAACAAAUGUAUUUCUCAUAAAAAAUUCAUAAUAGCAAGAAAACAAAGAAGAAACACUAAAACUUUAGUUCGAAAAUUUUUUGUAAUAACGAAAAAAAAAUUUCCGCGAAAAUUUGAAUUCCCGCCUUUUGAACCGGGCCGACCGGGCCGGGCCGGGCCGGCACUUCAACGACCCGGCCCGAGUCUGUUUUUUAUUGGAAGGCUGGGGUUCCAUGCUAUUAUUGCCACAUAUCUCAGAAAUGCCUAGAAUGGCGCGCAGCUAAACUUGUGGCCUAGAAAACUCUCAGGUGUGAAAACUCUUCCCUUGCACGUUGACCGUCAGUAAAUUUUGUUCUAAAUUGACCGAGAAAUGUCGAGUUUGCAGUCGAACCUCAAGUGUUUCGUGUGGGAACUCGUCAUCUGCGUGAACAGUGCGUACGGCUGCCUCUGGUUCGACACGGUCCUCUUCAACUCCCGCUUCAUGGCGCCGUUGCUGGACCCGAUGAUCGGAUCGGACGAGCGAAUCGUCUACUCGAACGUGUUUCUGAACGCGCACAACUGCGCAGUCACCAUCCUUCUCGUCGCCAUCUACACCAUCAUUUGCGGCAUUUGGUACCAGCGCACCGCGAAAAUAUCGUCGAAACACUUGAAUCAGUUUCAGCAGAAUGUGAGUUUGCAUUGGUAAACGUUGGUAGGUCAAGACCUAGAAAAAUGUAGGCCACGACCUAAAAAUGAAUUUUCUCUUCCAGAUCCUGCUGCAAUCGCUCGGCAUCUCACUGACGUACGCCUUACCGGCCCUCUCGUUCGUUCUCGUCUAUUUCCUCACCACGCCGCCCAAGUGGUUCGUGCUCUUCGCCGAUUUGUGCUACCAACUCAGCGGAGGUAAGGGAAACCGAGAAAACUUUAAAAAAAAAAAUCGAUUUCUAGGCCUGCCAUUCAUAAUGUACGUCUUCGUGAACAAUCGAGUCAAGAGAUGCAUAAAAGAGAAUCCGUGCCGUGCCAUUCGCAAUCGAAAUCGUAUCGCUGUCGCCACCGUCUCAACUUUUGUUAUCUAA